AAAUAAUAAUGGCGAGAUUAUUGGGAACGAUUCUGAAGCACCCAGAAGAAAUAUACCCAAUGUUGAAGCUAAGGAUGGUGAUAAGGAAUGCAGAGAAGGUGAUUCCCGAUCAGCAACCACAUUGGGUUUUCUGCCAUACAAUCCUUCACAAGGUCGCUCGCAGUUUUGCCCUUACCAUCCAGCACCUUGAUUCCCACCUUCGUCAUUCGAUACUCGUAUUUUAUUUGGUUCUGAGAGCAUUGGACACCGUUGAGGACGACACGAGUCUUCCUUCAAAAGUGAGAAUACCUAUUUUGCAAACCUUUUAUCGGCGUAUAGAUGAUCCACGCUGGAGCUUUUCCUGUGGUACCGAAGACUGUAAGAUUCUUAUGGAGCAGUUCCAUCAUGUUCGAACUGCCUUUCUUGAGCUCAACAGAAGUCACCAGGAUGUGAUUAGAGAAGUUAGCAAACAGAUGGGAGCUGGAAUGGCAAAAUUUAUUUGCAAGGAGAUAGAGAGUAUAGAAGACCUGAAUGAGUACGCUCAUUACGUAGCAGGGCUUGUAGGGUUAGGGCUUUCUAAGCUCUUUUAUGCUUCUGGGUCAGAGGAUUUAGCACCUGAAUCCCUUUCCAACUCAAUGGGUUUACUCCUUCAGAAUGCAAAUAUCAUUCGUGAUUAUUUGGAAGACAUUAAUGAGAUACCAAUGCCACGCACUUUUUGGCCUCGUCAGGUUUGGAGUAAAUAUGUGGACAGACUCGAGGACCUGAAAGACGAGAAGAAUUCGGAGAAGGCAUUGCAAUGCUUGAAUGAAAUGGUCACAAAUGCGUUGGUACAUGUAGAAUAUUGCCUCAAAUACUUGUCUGCUUUGACAGAUCCGGCAAUUUUCAGAUUUUGUGCUGUUCCACAGGUCGUGGCUAUUGGGACCCUAGCUUUAUGCUACAAUAAUAUUGAUGUUUUCAGAGUUGCUUUGAAAUUGAGACGUGGUCUCAUUGCUAAACUCAUCCACCAAACGAGAACAAUGUCGGAUGUCUACGGCGCUUUUUUAAAGUUCACUUCCAUUAUGAAAGCUAAGGUUGAGAAGGAUGAUCCAAACGCCAUAACGACGCUUAGCAGGAUAGAGGCAAUCCAGAAAAUUUGCAAGCAGAACUCUAAAACUUCGAAUGAACAAAGGGAACACUACAAGGUGAACAAAGAGUUAGGGUAUCAUUCACCCCAGGGAGUUGCCAUCUAUGUUGCCAUAUGCUUGGCAUUUGCAUACCUGUAUUCCAGCGUGCUCAACUUAUACUGAUUUGUUGUCUUCUUCUUAGGCCAAUCUGUAAGUCCAUUCUAUGUUAAAUUGGACUUGAAGAGUGAAGUUGGAUUGGGCUUAUAAAAAGUCUUGCUGGAAUAUCUCCAUCAUGGAGUUGUAUCAAUGAUCAAG